UGUCAUUUCCUGUGCUAAUAAGAUGGUGGUCACGGCCGGGAGGGAGGGAGCCGCCGCCGCCGCCGCUUCCUCCCCUGCCUGCUCGCCCGGCCCGGCCCAGCCACUCGCCCCCCUCCUCCUCGUCCUUCUCCUCCUCGCCCGGGACUAGCGAGCCAGGCCGGGCCGGAGGAGGAGGGCGACGAGGCGGAGGCGGAGGGAGGCGGCGGGCGCGGGGAGCCCCCAGGCGCCGAGCCCGGGCCGAGAAGAUGAGCGAAAAACUGAAAGAUUGCUUGGGGGAAAUGGUGACUAUCAAGACAGAACCCUGCUCUCCAUGCCGGGAAGAGGAAUAUGGACAACUUUGCUCUGGAAAGGUGGAUUCCCAGUCUGUGGAUGUGGAGCCUAAAAAACUGAAAGGAAAACAGGAUUUGAUCAUGUCGAAGAGUUUUCAGCAAGUUGAUUUCUGGUUUUGUGAAUUGUGCCAGGAGUAUUUUGUGGAUGAAUGUCCAAAUCAUGGGCCCCCCAUGUUUCUGUCAGAUGUCCCUGUACCCAUUGGCAUCCCUGACCGAGCUGCACUGACUGUCCCACCUGGCAUGGAAGUGGUGAAAGAGGCAAAUGGGGAGCGGGAUGUGCGCUGCGUGGGUGAGGUUAUCCCCAAAGGGCGUAUCUAUGGACCAUAUGAAGGGAAACUCUCCAGUCAGGACAAAUCAGCUGGAUUCUUUUCUUGGCUGAUUGUUGAUAAGAACAACCGCUACAAAUCCAUAGAUGGAACAGAUGAAACUACAUCAAAUUGGAUGAGGUAUGUGGCCAUCUCCCGAGAGGAGAGAGAACAGAACCUGAUGGCCUUCCAGCACAGUGAGAGGAUUUACUUCCGAACCUGUCGGGACAUCAGGCCAGGGGAGAGACUGAGGGUCUGGUACAGUGAAGAUUAUAUGAAGAGGUUGCACAGCAUGUCUCAGGAGACCAUCAACAGAAACCUCACAAGAGGGGAUAAAAAAUCACUAAGGGAAAGAUCUGAAAGAAACACAGAAAAUCAAAUGGAAAUGAUCUAUCCCCUCGAGCUCACAAUAUCAAAGCAAGGGAAGAGUCCCUACAAACGCUGCUUUGAAGAAGGUGUAUCUCAACCUCAAGCAAAGAAAAAGAAAAUAGAUCUCAUCUUCAAAGAUGUCCUAGAAGCAUCUCUAGAGUCAACUAAGAUGGAAGAACAUAAGGUCACAAGAAAUUCUGCUCCUUCCACUAGAAAGUCUUCUAGAUUCCGAGAGCAAAAUGCCUCAGAGAGCUGUGAAACUGGUAUGCAACACAGUUCUCCAAAUCACAGUGGGAGCAGAAAUGAAGAUGAGUGGAAGGUCCCCCAUGGCCCCUCUUUCUCUGUGUCCAAAGAAACUGGCCUACUGGAAGAUGAAGGUGAUGAACCGUUGUCAUUUAAAUUGAAUAGCCCCACUGAUCUCACUCUGGCACCAAUUGACGAUGAAGCCCUUGGCCUCCCAACAACUUCAUUAUGUCCCAACUGCAUACGGUUAAAGAAAAAGAUUCGUGAGUUGCAGGCUGAACUAAAUAUGUUAAGAUCUGGCAAGUUAGUGGAACCGCCUUUACUACCUCCACAGGUACCUGAGUACCAAGCAUUUUCAUAUCCCACAGCUUCAGAAACUAUCAUGUCUGUUCCCACCAUCAUGGAGGAUGAUGACCAGGAGGUGGAUUCAGCAGAUGAGUCAGUCUCGAACGACAUGAUAACAGCCACAGAUGAGCCCUCCAAGAUGUCUGCCGUCACCAGGAGAAUUCGACGCUUCAAGCAAGAAUGGCUUAAAAAGUUUUGGUUUUUGAGGUACUCCCCUACCCUGAAUGAAAUGUGGUGCCACGUCUGCCGGCAGUACACAGUGCAAUCUUCUCGGACUUCAGCCUUUAUCAUUGGCUCUAAGCAAUUUAAGAUACACACUAUAAAACUUCAUAGCCAGAGCAACCUCCACAAAAAGUGCCUGCAGCUCUACAGGCUCAGGAUGCACCCCGAGAAGACAGAAGAAAUGUGCCGCAAUAUGACUUUGCUCUUCAACACAGCCUAUCAUUUAGCUAUGGAAGGUCGGCCUUAUUGUGACUUUCGGCCCCUUGCAGAACUACUGAGAAAGUGUGAACUCAAAGUGGUGGAUCAGUAUAUGAAUGAGGGAGAUUGUCAAAUCCUAAUCCAUCAUAUCGCUCGAGCUCUGAGAGAAGACCUAGUUGAACGAGUCAGGCAGUCUCCCUUCCUCAGCAUCAUUUUGGAUGGGCAGAGUGACGAUCUACUUGCUGACACAGUUGCUGUUUAUGUACAGUAUAUCAGCAGUGAUGGGCCACCAGCCACUGAAUUUCUCUCUCUCCAAGAGCUGGGGUUUUCUGCAACAGAUAGUUACAUCCAAGCAUUGGACAGGGCCUUUUCCUCCUUGGGAAUUAGACUGCAAGAUGAAAGGCCAAGUGUUGGUUUGGGAAUAGAUGGUGCUAACAUUACUGCUAGUCUUAGAGCUAACAUGUACAUGACAAUCAGAAAAACUCUGCCUUGGUUGCUUUGUUUACCCCUCAUGGUACACAAGCCACACUUGGAAGUAUUGGAUGCAAUCAGUGGGAAAGAACUUCCAUGCCUAGAGGAGCUAGAGAACAACCUAAAGCAGUUGCUCAGUUUUUACCGUUAUUCCCCAAGGCUGAUGUGUGAAUUGAGAGUCACUGCAGCUACUCUUUGUGAGGAAACUGAAUUCUUGGGAGACAUUAGAGCUGUCAAAUGGAUCAUUGGGGAGCAAAAUGUCCUCAAUGCACUGAUCAAGGAUUACCUGGAAGUGGUGGCCCAUCUCAAAGAUGUCAGUGGGCAGACACAAAGAGCAGAUGCAUCUGCCAUUGCCUUGGCUCUCCUGCAGUUCCUUAUGGACUACCAGUCGAUUAAGCUGAUAUACUUUUUGCUGGACGUAAUUGCUGUACUUUCACGUCUUGCCUUCAUCUUCCAAGGUGAAUACCUCCUUGUGUCACAAGUGGAUGACAAGAUAGAGGAGGCCAUCCAAGAGAUCAGCAGGCUAGCAGAUUCCCCUGGUGAGUAUUUGCAGGAAUUUGAGGAGAACUUCCGUGAAAGCUUUAACGGUGUUGCUGUGAAAAACCUACGGGUGGCUGAAGCCAAAUUCCAGUCGAUUCGAGAAAAGAUAUGCCAGAAGACCCAGGUCAUUCUUGCUCAAAGGUUUGAGCCUCGCACCCGGGCAUUUGUGAAAGCAUGCCAGGUGUUUGACCUUGCAACUUGGCCAAGAAGUGCAGAGGAGCUUAUGAGCUAUGGUAGGGAAGACAUGGUGCAAAUAUUUGAGCAUCUGGAAGCAGUGCCAACCUUUUCCACUGACAUCAUCAGAGAAGGCAUGGACACCAGAGGGAGUUUGCUGAUGGAGUGGCGAGAACUGAAGGUGGAUUAUUAUACCAAAAAUGGCUUUAAAGAUCUAAUCAGUCACAUUUGUAAAUAUAGGCAGAGAUUUCCUCUUUUAAAUAAAAUAAUCCAGAUCCUCAAAGUCCUUCCCACUUCGACAGCCUGCUGUGAAAAAGGACGUAACGCCCUUCAGCGAGUGCGUAAAAACAAUCGUUCUCGACUUACCCUAGAACAGCUCAGUGACCUUUUGACAAUUGCUGUUAAUGGACCACCUAUUGCCAACUUUGAAGCCAAGAGAGCAUUAGAUAGUUGGUUUGAAGAGAAAUCUAGCAAUAGUUAUGCACUGUCUGCAGAAAUGCUUAGCAGGAUGUCCUCCUUGGAUCAGAAACCUAUGCUGCAGAGUAUGGACCACGGAUCAGAAUUUUAUCCUGAUAUUUAACAAGGAAUGCCUCUCAUUUAGAAAGCUGUUGAAUCUUUUUUUAAAAAAUCAAUACUCUAAGCUUUGAUAUGUUAUAUGGAAAUAUAUAUAUAUGUAAAUGCCACACUGAAAAUUUAUCAGAUGAAAGCUAAGAAGAUUUUUUAAAGACAACACUUAACAUUUACUGACAUCUUCAACCGUGGCAGCUGCAAUGUAGGUGGCAACAUUUCAUUCUUCAGAAACAUGCUGGGGCCAUAGGCUGUAUUUCAAACUGAUCAAUUUAUAAGCUAGACAUCACAGGUCAAUGUCACUCUACUUCUUGCUAUAAUUUGUGUGUCCAUGUCUGCUUUCUCUCUGCCUUUUCCCUGUUUUUAGUCAGCUGUUGAGCCAUUACACGCCUUUCCUUAUGAUCACUGGGAUUUCUGAGCCCUCUGUGUAAGUCGUGGAGGUCCUUUCCAACUCCUUAAUUUAAUUUAGGUCAGAGUGGUUCCUUAUCCAUUCUUCUGAUGAUCUGGUUAACUUUUUGAUUGUUUGUCUUAUUUCUUUCAAUCAGCUUGUGAUGCCCCCUUUUUGGUAUUACACUCCAGUGGGCAUUUUCAGCUUAAGGCAAAUCUCCUGUGAAAAUUCUACUAACAAAGGCAUAUAUCUUACAAUAUUGAUAGCAUGUUCAGAUGAAAAUAACAUAAUGCAGAAAUUGGGAAAUUGGGGGGAGGGAUUGUUUUUGCAUUUAUAUUUUUAUAUAAUAGGGGAUAAGAAAGAAAUUAAACUCUUUACUGAAAACCUGGGCUGCUGUGGAAGCUAGAUAGCCAGUGAGUCAAAACCCACAAUAGGUUAAAGAGACACACUGGCUUAAAAUAUACGUAUACUAAUUUUAUGUUAUUUAUACUCAGUCUUUAUAAUCAUAAAUAGAUUGUGUCUUCUGUUUUAUUCUUUUAUAUAUAUAUAAGUGAAUGAAAUGCCUGCUAUAUUUCUGUGGCAGGGUGUAUCAAUGCAAGAACCAUAUUUGGUUGUUAUCACAUGGCAAUGUCCUUUGAGAGGUUCACAUAUCCUCCUUUGACUAAGGUUUAAUUUUCCAUUGUAUGGCAAAAGGAAAAUGAAAGGUGCUAUAUUUCUGUGUUCGGGGUCUUUUAAAGGAUGCACUUGGGCAGGUGCACAAAAAUGUGAUUUGUAGAUGAAAUGAUAAAUGCAUUUGUGGAGAUAUCUUUUUUUUAACUUCAGUGUUUCAGGUCAAAUAAGCCUAAAUGAGCACAAAAUCUCCACAACUGUUUGCCAUGUCCUGCUGACUGCCAUGGGGCAGUAUCAUAAUAGUGCUAGAUGGUCACAGAAAUGAAUGGAAGGAAUCCUUUUGUCCCGAAGAACUACUAGGAUGGCAUGUUUCCAGAGGGACUAACCUCAUGCCAGUCUGCAUUGUUUUGGACAAGCCUACCACAAUGAUGUCAGUUACACUGAACCUUUCUAUAUUCCUUCCCAGCAUCCUCAUUUUUCCCACCCCCUUCCUGUUGGUCUUGGUGCUAAGAUAUCUCUGGAACCAUUGCUGCUAGAUUAUCGCUUUUCAUUUAUAUAGAUAUAUAAUUUUAUUUUUAACAGUAUGUUUUAAGUGAUGAUGUAGCAUGUUAAAGCAGUCUCUCUUGGGGUAUAUCUACAGCAGUGUCCUUUGCUGCAUCUCUUUUAAUUCUUGUUUGUCCUGCAUUGUUCUCAUGCGUAUUUGGUUCUUACUUUCAGAAUUCCAGACACAUUACUGAAAAGAAAAAUACAGGAACUUGAUAUGGUAUAUGAAAGUAGCCUUGAUUCCACAAUAUUAUAACAGUAAAUGCAAUUGUCAAGAUAGUAUGGCUUUCCCCGCCUUCCAGAAAAAAAAGAGAAAACCCACAAGUUAGGAGUUGUCUGUAGCAAGUGUACAUCAGUGUAAGGAUCAUAAAGGGGGGCUAUUUCGAGAUUAAGGAGAAGUAUGGGUUACAUGAAAGAUAUGAUAUGACAAAUAUUUGUCCAACUUAAUUGAACAAAACAAGUGCAAGUUUCUGUUUCUGUCAUGUGAUACUGAUAUACAGGACUGGGUAAUGGGGGAGGGAUAAGGAAUGGAAGAUGGAUUGAGGCAAGCAGGAUCUGGGAGCAAAUGGCACGAGGUACAGAAUGCAGCAACUUUUACACAGAAAUAUAAAUGCUUAGUAUAGAUACAUCUUUAGUCAAUUCAGCUUUCCAGAACCCCAUUCCCCACAACCACUACCAUGGAAGAAGAAGAUGUUUUCUUGUAUUCUCUGACAACAGUUUGAAUUGGACUUCAAAAGUUCCUCCUCCACUACUACUCACUUUGAGCUGCUGGUAGAAAAUGAGAUUGAAGAUGAGCAAGAAGGAAGAUUGUUUAGGAAAUAGCAGUGCCACAUAGUUUUGAGCAUUGUUGACUGUAACUAUAGCAUUAUGAGAAAUAUCAGCAUGCUACAACAACAAAGAGCACAUUUUAAAGGAUUAUACCACAUCAGUUUUCUGAACAUAGCAACAACUGUAGUAAUUUGGAGAACACCGAUAUCUUCAAAGCCAAUUGUGUACCAUAGGCUUUACAUUAGACCAGCAUUACAUUACAGAGAAAUCCCCAUUCAAACUAGUUUUUGUCGACCUAGUAACAAUAUUAACUGAAAGGUAAUUGUUACUCACUCAAUUAGAGCAUAGCACUUGGCUGAUUAUAUAAAGCCAAAUCAUUUUAAAAAGAAAAA